AUCUGGUCCCGGGCGUGCGGUUCACGAGGAUUUCCUUAAACUACCUUCCUUAGAAGAUAGAUCUCUGGCCUCUGGAGUUCAGCACAGAGACUUCGUUGCAGAUCUGUGAGAAUGAGCUUGCAGGCCACACCCACACUCCUGCAGCUAGCGAUGCAGAGUCUGCUGAGGGACGAGGCCGUGGCCAUCUCUGCUCUGCCGGACCUGCCCAUGGAGCUCUUCCCACCACUCUUCAAGGAUGCCCUCACCCACAAACGAUCUAACAUCCUGAGGAGGAUGGUGCAGGUCUGGCCGUUUCCCUGUCUCCCACUGGGUGGUCUGAUGAAAAUGAAGGCACCGUACCUGGAUGUCUUACAAACCAUACUGGAUGGGAUUGACGGCCUGCUCGACCAGAAUAUUCACCCCAGUAAUUACCGACUUCGAAUUCUGGAUUUGCGGGCUUUGCACAAAACCUUCUGGACCGUGUGGGCUGGAGAUAAGACGGCGUCUUGCAUUUCAGAGGCCAAGUGUAGGAGAAGGUCACAGAGGAGAGGUCUGGAAACGGUAGCCAAGCCAGAGUCAUUGAAAGUGUUUAUAGACCUGUGCCUCAAGCCGAGAGCCUUGAAUGCAUGCCUGUCCUAUGUCCUCCUGUGGGCGAGAAAGAGAAAAGCUUUGCUGCAGCUUGGCUGUAAGAAGCUGAAGAUCAACACGAUAGCUCUCCAGAAAAACGUGAAGGUUCUGGAAUUGCUAGAUCUGGACUGUAUGGAGGAGGUGGAAGUGUGCUGCACCUGGAAGCUGUCUACUCUGGCCAUCUUUGCUCCUUACCUGGGCCAAAUGAAAAACCUUCUCUCACUCAUUCUCUCUCACAUCCAUGUCCCUGCCUCCAUUUCCCCUGAGGAGAAGAAUCAGUUGGUCAGCCAGUUCACCUCUCAGUUUCCCAACCUGCAGUGCCUCCAGGAGCUCUCCCUGGACUCUGCCUGCUUCCUCAAAGGUCAUAUGGACCAGGUGUUCAGGUGCCUGGAGGCCCCCUUGGAGAUGCUCUCUAUCACUGAUUCCCAGCUAUCAGAAUCAGACUUGAAGGCCCUGUCCCAGUGUCCAGGCAUCUAUCAGCUCAAACACCUGAACCUGAGUGGUGUCAUUCUGACCAACAUAAAUCCCGAGCCCCUUCGAGUCCUGCUGGAGAGAGUUGCAGCCACCCUGAGGAUCCUGGAUUUGGAGAACUGUAUGAUUAAGGACUCCCAACUCAGUGUCUUCCUGCCUGCCCUGAGCCAAUGUGUUCAGCUCAUCAUGUUCAACUACUUAAGGAACCCCAUCUCAGUGGCUGCCCUGGAGAGCCUGCUUCUCCACACCUCCAAGCUGAGCUGCCUAGGCUUAGAGAUGUACUCUACCCCUUGGGAGAUUUUUGGUGCCCAGAGUGAUUCCUAUCAUAAGAGGCUAGAUGAGCUUCGAGAGGAGUUGAGCAAGACAAUGAUGCAUCUAGAACACACCAGGACCGUCUGGUUCAGCGUCGCACCCUGUCUUCCUAAUGACAACCAGGUCAUAUGAGUCAGAGUGCAAGCUUCAUCAAGGCUGUUCCCUCAGUGGGUACUUGGGUGGCAAGUAAUUCCUUCUAGCUCUUGGGGACAGAAUCCUCUGGUAUAGAGGCAUCCUGAAGCAACACAGAACCUGUGAUCUCAGGGUGGGGGAUUGGGAUGGGGGAUCGGUUGAGCAACAAAGACAACCUCAGAAAUAUUGACCUUAGGAAUUGAUGUCCUUUGGGACAUGUGUCUUUAGCAAUAAGAGGUGAGGUUUCCAGAUGAAACGUUUUAGGUUGUUUACUUCAUGGAUAGGGUUAAAGAAGUUGCCAGUGUGUUUUUCCCCACUUCAGGCUAUAGGGUAAAUAGACUACACUAUGUUACAGCUUGGCAGGCCCCGGUAGCCUCUGGCAGCCACCACCUUAAUCUCCAGCUCUGAGCCCUAGAGAAUUUGCCCACCAGCAGCCCCAUGCUGGCCAUCCAAGAAGGCCAUAGUUCUGCUCAGAGGGCAUUGUCAGCAUAGAUUCUAAACAGCUUCACUGAGAGGAAUGCAAAGAGCUUCCAGAUGGUGCUGCCAGGUGCUGAGGACCACCCCAAAACAAAGUGGGAAGGGAUAGGUUUAAACUCUAAGUAAACAACAACCAUACACCAUACUUGAAAAUCAGUAAACCCAACACACAGUAAAGUAACGUAUUUGUUAAUCCUAAGGUACCCAAGUUAACAGCUGACUGCCAUGAACAGAUUUGUCACCUGACCUUUGUUUGGUCUACGGAUGGUUCAGACUUCUUGAUUUAAGUGACGGGCCCUAUUGCACUGUGGGUGGGUGGCUUUAUUAGUAAUACACUAAUGGGGAUUAAAUGUAGGACUUUGUGCAUGCUAGGCAAAUGCUCUUCCACUAUGAACCUUUAAAUCAUUACUCUGCUGUGUAUGUAUAGGAUGUAGGGGAAUUUUCAGUGUUUAAAUAAAUGCGUGACAAAGAAGUC